GCGAGGCGCAGUUUAGACUCUUUUCUAGAACGGCUCGGAACAUAGCCUCAUCUGUAUUCUUUGCUCGUUCUGUUUGAGGCUUCUGCUCUGUUUGAAGGUAUGUUAGCUAUGGUAUCUGUAGCUUAUAGCUUGUGGUAUGCAAAUAAAAAUGAUGCGUUUGAGUACUCACACCCUACCUGGGCAGACAAGCUAUUAACUAGUCAGGCGUUGGUAAGUUUGAAACUUUGGGGUAAUUUCUCAUUAGCAUAGAUGUGUGAAAUCGCAUAAGCAAAAGGCAUAGGAGCGGUAAACAUUUCCUUGUUCAUUUUUGCACAUAAUUGAGCUUAAAAGUUAAAAUAUAUUUUUAUUAACUAAGUAAUGAUUGUGCUAAUGAUUCUUUCACCUGCACCAGAGUCUGCGUUAGAACAGUGUAAAUGUGUGUUCCUUACUGUCUGGAGCAUGUGGAAGCCUAUAAAUCAGGAAGAUCUUUCUUGGUUCUUAUGAGAGGGUGGGGUACAUCUCAGGUCCCCUUUGAGGAGAAGAGGUGCUUAAGCUGGACUGUGAGUCUGUUUAAAUGCAGAGAGAGGCGACCAGGGUGUUGAAACUGAGUCCACUGUUCACUGCUUUUAUUUCUUCUUGUACUUCCUGCUCUGAAUGACAACAUGUCCCGCCCAUCCCUGAUUUGCAUGGGAUGCCCCGCUGUUUGCAUGCGAUCUCCCACUUCCCGUGGCCUCUAACCUCACCGUUAUUGACCGCAGUGGUCGUCGGCCUGCUCUGCACUGCCGGCUACCUCACCUGGCGUAACUGGCGUCGGAGGAACACAAAGAGCAUGAACUUCGACAACCCCGUGUACCGCAAGAGCCCAGAGGAGGGUGACGACGAGAUCCACAUUGGCCACGUGUACCCUGCACGGGUGGCGCUCCGUCUGGAUGAUGACGGGUUGCCCUGAGGAGUGCCCCGUGUGCACGACCCCCCCC